AUGGCUGAUAGCAAAGAGCUUGUCACCAGGGAUUCCGGAAGCAGUCCAGAGUUCAUCCGGGAGCUUCUUCCGUCUGCGGAGCGAACAGCUCUUCUCUAUCAUCUCUCUUACCUGUGUCUGGGAGGCUUCCCAAAGCUGGAGCGUCUGAUCAGAGAACGAGCUAUUGAAACACAACUGCUUUUCGGAUCCUCUGAAGCUGUUCUGUUGAAGUGUGUAGGAACCAGUGAAAACCUGGUUAAAUCACUGCUGCCCUUUCUGAAGGUGGCUGUGGAGAAAAACAAACCACAAUUAGCACUGAAAUUCCUAGACAAAGCCAAAGAGUGGAUCAGUGACAUCAUAAGUGAUGUUAAUGCAAUUGUGGAGAGGUACCAGAAACAUAACAUUGCUGUUCGCGACUCAACCAGUGACAUCUCUGCUGAAAAGCAAGAGACAGAGAUGAAGCAGAAGAAACAAACCAGUGAGAUGGAGGCGCUUCAGAAGAUUGUGAAAGGCCUGGAAGAAAACCUUCGUAACAUCAACAAAAAGAUAGAGGGUUCUGAGAAGAAGAUUGAUGAGAAACAUGCAGAGAUACAAAAAUUUAUCAACAAGAUCACCAGCACCAAUGAUGAACAGACACCUGCAGGGACGCCCACGAUGGGAUCUAAAGUGUCCAUAUUUUCAAUGAUGGUGCCAUUUGCAGAAAGUGUUAUUGGUUACAUUUGGGAAAUGGUAAAAUCCUCUUCAGACGAAAAGGCAAUCAAAGCUUUUAAUACUGCAUUAUCUUCGCUCACCAGUGCACAGCAACAUCUGAAAGAAGAAGAGUGGAAAAUUCAGAACAAGCUGAUGGACAACCAGCUGCAGCUGGCCAAAUUAAAGAUGGAAAACGGUCAGAUUCCCAACGUUUCUCACUUUGAUGAGGUCCAGGCGUGCCUGUCCAGAAUCCAGCAAAUUCUGGUUGAGCUCCAGAAGUUCUGGGAGAAAGUGGGAUCCCUGCUGGACACGAUGAAGAAAGAGACCUUCGCUGGAGAGGCCUGUAUCGAGGAGCUCGCUGAUAUGAAGGAACCUUUCCUGGAGUCCAUUGAUGCAGCUAAAGAGGGAUGGAUAAAGUUUGGCAUUUGCUGCAUAAACGCCAACAAGAUCUUCAGCGUUCAGUCGAGUCAGGCCUACACAUUCCUGGAGAUCAGUCCUUCAUCUCUGUCCACAGAAGAGUGGCAGAAAGAGUACGAGAGCGUGAAGGAGAAACUGGAGAAGAUCACACCAAACACCAUAGCCAUUACACAGUGA